CUGGUGCCUAGUCCAAGGAGGKCAGUCGGGAAGACAAGAUGGCGGACCCUCUGUCUUUACUGCGCCAGUUUAACAUCAACAAAAAAGAGAUCCAGGAAAUAGAAGAUGAAGUCAUAUUCGACGAAUUCUCCUUCCCAAAGACUGCUAAGACUAAUUAUGUCAUCAUCAAGUCACAGCCAAAAGAGUAUUACACAUUGGAAUCGUUGCUGUUUCUUCUAAAGAAUGUUCAUCUGUCUCAUCCAAACUAUGUCCARCGUGCUGUGGGUGCAAAGAUUCCAGUUGUCAGGCUGCCAGAUAGAAGGGCAUUAUUGAGCUAUCUCAAUGGCGAAACAGACACCUCUGCAAGCAUUGACAAAAGUGCUCCGUUGGAGAUGCCGACACAAAGAUCAACAACAGCACGCAUACAAGCCAACAAACGAGCUGGUGAAGAUGCAGCUGGGGGUGAAUUCAAAAAGCCCAAAGUUGAGACUGAAGAAGUUAUUUUGGACAAGAGAAAACUGGAAGCUCGUCUUGAAGGUCACAAGGAGGUGACUGUAACAACAGAUCAGAUGAGGUCUUUGAGUGAAGCCAUGACCAAAGAGAAGAUUGCUGCUAUUAAAGCCAAGCGUCUUGCCAAGAAGAAGACAACAAUCCGUGUGGAUGAUGAGCUUGAACCAGAUUUACUGAAACAACGUAGUUUUGUUGAUGCAGAAGUGGAUGUAACAAGGGACAUUGUCAGUAGAGAAAGACUUCUCAGGACACGUACCAGUGUUCUUCAAAGCUCUGGCAAGCAUUUUGUCAAGAAUAUUUUAGCCAUACUUCAGUCUGUCAAGGCUAGAGAAGAAGGRAAACACAAACAGAAUCAACCAGCAAAUGCAUUAGCCCCCGUGGAUGCUGGUAAGAAAAAAGCAGUAGUUCCUGUGGCUUACAACAGAUACGAUCAGGAACGAUUCAGGGGAAAAGAAGAAACUGAAGGAUUUAAGAUUGAUACAGCUGGUACAUACCAUGGAUUGAGUUUAGAGCACGUCAAGGAAGGAACACACAGGCCAGUAAAAAGGCCAGCACCAAGCCCUUCACCUCACACCCAACCGUCAAAGGCUCUGAGACCAAUUCAACAGAAACCAAACAAACGAGAAUCCAGAACACCAAUCAUCAUAGUUCCUGCUGGCACAACAUCCCUCAUCACAUUAUACAAUGCUAAAGAUAUACUACAAGACUUUAAAUUCGUCCCAUCAGACGAAAAGAAACGGUCAGGCACACGAAGAGAAAACGAGGUUCUCAUUCAAAGACGUAAAGAAGUGGUUCAGAAUCAGCACGCGGGAACAACAACUGCUACAGUGACGGUACCGUACCGUGUAAUAGACAAUAUCAACACAUUUUGGACCACAAUGGACAAAUUCAUGGUCAAGAACAAGCCUCAACUAAGGUUCUGAUGGACAAAAACACAGCAAAUGAAGAAAGAAAUUAUACGAUUUCGUCUUUUUUCAUCCUUCCGCCAAAUAUUUUGAAUAGUUUGAAUCUUUACAAUGUCAAUACUUGAUAAAUAUAGAUACUUCAAUCUAUCUCAUAUGGUUUUAUAAUUCCAACGAAAAAUAAUGAGCCAUAAGUUACGACGUAUUUCUGGGUCAGAAGGCGCUACGCGAMCCCAAAAUUUUAAAGAAAUAUUCGACAAUUCUAGAUGUAAGAAUUUCAGCGGCACUGAAACAAUACUAAGUAUAUCAUUUCUUGAGAAACAAAUCUGGGCCAGAUUCGCUUUUGUAUUUUGUAUUUGCCGCGGGAAAAUUCYAGGCAUUGCGUCUUCAUUCUUGGCUUUCACAUGCGACGGAGUCGGAAGCAGUUUAUGCGGGAAAUAUACCUUUUCGUCUUGGUAAAAUGUUUUCCCAUUCAGUCAAACCAUGUGUCAUUCCCUACAGUAUCAUUACUUUGUUUAACGGUUGCGCAUGAGAAUCUAGAGAAUAACACGUGGUCUGAAAUGAGUGAACAUUGCAUCAAGACCAUUUGGUCUAUUGCARCUGAAAACCCUUUCAUAUAAGCGUAAGCAAUUCCGAUUUCUAUUUCGUUGCAAUUUAACACAAGUUUGUGUAUGGCGAUCGGAARAGGUCUAGGAAACAAAAAUGAAAGCCAUAUCGAUGAUGCAACAUAGUAUUUUCAAUCGACUGCGCAAAUCUUCCAAACGACGCGCUGAUGUGAAGUAAACAAAUUUACAUGAACGACUUGCUUAUUUAGGAUUUCCUAUAUAUUGUAGUGUAAGAAUAAAAAUCUUGUACAAAUACAGAAA